UCGUUCGCACGCCCAGGCUCGCCUGCGCGCGCUAGCACGGUGCCCGAAAGCAGCCGAAAGCACGUUGUAAAAAUGGUGACACGUAGCCGUGGCAGCCGCCACAGCCCCCGUGCCUGAAAGGUCCUCCGUGUCUCGUUCCCGCGUGCGAUGAUCGCCCAUCUCUAGGCUACGAAUUGCAAUCGCGGAAAAAUAUGGGCGACAUUAAUAGACAGCUGAGAGACUACCUCAGCCGCAAUGAGGCGAGGAAAGAGAGCUCAAUAUUUGCGAGCACCGAAUCGCUCAAAAAGUUGCUCAGCCCAAGCAGCGGUAGCUCCGACCCAUCCUCUAACGGCACCGGCAGCAACGGCUGGUUUUCCGAGGCUGCUAACGACUCCUGUUUGCCGAGCCUGAGUAGAAAACAGCGCAUUGUCGGCUUCGCUGGAACGCUGCUGAUGGGUUGCUUCUGCAUGGUUUUGGCAGGACUUUAUAUUCCUGUGCUAGUCUUCAAGGCCCGGAAGUUCGCCCUGCUUUACACGCUAGGAAGCCUUUUUAUAAUUAGCAGCUUUGCCCUGCUACGAGGCCCAAUGAACCACAUAAAGCAACUGUUGUCACUGAAGCAGCUUCCAUUUACGACGGCCUACUUUGGGACCACGUUUGCCACCCUCUACUUUGCAUUGGUGGUCAAAAGCACGAUAUUCACCGUGCUGUUCACAAUAUGCCAGUGUGCAUGCAUAAUUUGGUUUGUCCUCGCCUCAAUACCUGGUGGAGAGACCGGACUCAAGUUCUUCUCUCGCGUAUUCACCGGUGCCGUCACACGAACUGCGAGCAAGACGUUGCCCGUCUGACUGCAUUCCGUAGAUCGUGUGCGGGCCUGCACCUAAGUUGGCCCACAAAAACUGUUUCGUUACAUACCACUCUUUGGAAUCUUGUACAUAACUACGUCUAUUUAAGAUCACCAUUACCCAACUGUUGCAGGGUUAUGUAUAAUGGUCCUUGUUCACUAUUGUACAGAACAGCGAUGAAAUAAAAGUGUACUUACUUUCGUAAUUUCCUCCAAAGCCAAGGUUGCGCGCAAUCUGUGCGUCGAAAGUAGAAAAUGAACAUACCAGAAACCAUACCUUCAAAGUACAAGUUUAGUUUCACACCUGUACAACCUGGAGCCGAAACUGAAGGACUAAGCAAGACUUUCAGAUGCAAAAUUAUCAGCAUGGAGAUGUACAAUGUACUAAUUUUGUUUAGUUUUACUCUUUAAUUUCUAAACUGCAGUAUCGCCUGACUUAUGGCCAAUCUCCCUCAUGGGUACGCUGAAUUAGGUCACCGUGGAACGAGGCAGUCGAAUCGGGUUGUGGUCGGGUGCGUGCGAAGAUUGGUUCUGCCCAAUGGGCAGGCUGUAUGUUCCAGGUGGGCUCUGGAACAUGCAGCAAUCACCGGAUGGUGCAUGCAAGGCCUAACCUUUCCAGCACUGCAAGAAGUAGGCGAGAUGCUAACGGCAGGUACCAUCACUGCAGGAGUUGCAAGCUUGCCCAGCAGAGAACUUUACAACUGUAGUUCUUGGCCACCUCUUGACAGAGUGCCCUGCACCUGUCACCUUUAAGUAGCAGUAAGGUGCAGACCUAUAUUUGUUUGGCGGUCCUUUAUAUACCACACCUGUCCACUCUUCGGAAAGUAUGGCGGCAUUGUUUAGAGCUAAGACCAUAGUGUUAACUGACGCAAUAAAGGUAAUGGAAUGAGCACUGCAAACACGGUAGUGUCCUUCCCAUCGCUUCCCUUGGUUCCAAUGUGGUGAUCCUACAGUUGUUUCAAAGUGUAGACCGAGUAGCCCAAGAACAAGUCCAAAGCAGCGUAAAAUCUGUGCAGGAGUUCUGUGCUUCUACAGUAACUGACAACAUUUUUUUUUCCAUCUUAGAGCAAUGUUUAAUUCAGUACAAGAGCUCAUUUCAUGACCUCCUUUACUGGCACACGGUUUGCAUUGCAAAAACACUGCACUGGCUUUCCUUCAGCCAUGCUUUU